AUGGCUUCCCUCCAUCUUUCCAGGAACACAUCAGAGACAGGCCAGCAUAUGAAGCUUGUCAAAGGUGACACCGAUGCUUCCGAAAUAUCGAGAUUCGAAAGCACCCGCUUGGAGGAGGAGCUUAUAACGGCACCUCUAUUCUCCCUCUCCGCUUGUGAGACUUUGGAUACCCACCGUCUGAAUAGCGAGCAAACUCUCGACGGAGACCCAACAUACCCACAAUAUGGACUGCUUGGUCUGCGCAAUCGAUUUACCAGCAAUGUACCGGCACAAGAUGAUCUUGUGUACGCCAACGUGUCAGCCCCUUGGUCUGCCUUCAUCUGCGGCAGUCAAGGAAGUGGCAAGAGCCAUACCCUGUCCUGCCUGCUGGAAAAUGCAUUGAUCGCAUCUUCCCCUGCCGGGAAGUUAUCCUCACCUCUGGCUGGACUGGUUAUUCACUAUGACAAGUUCACAGCCUUUUCCAGCACGCAGGUGUGCGAGGCGGCGUAUCUUCACUCCUCGGGCAUUCCAGUCAGAGUUUUGGUCUCCCCGACGAAUUACCUUGCCAUGAAAAAGACAUACGAAACACUGGCAGGGGGUUCCAAAAUGUUGAAGGUUCUGCCACUGUAUCUGCCCCAGAGGGAUCUUAACAUUAGCAUGAUGAAGACCCUGAUGGGAAUCGGCAACAGGGCCGAGCAGCCUCUUUACAUCGAGGUUGUUAUGAAGAUUCUCCGGGACAUGGCCAUAGCCAACCAGGGAAAGGCUGGGUUCGACUACAGCAUGUUCAAACUUCUUCUGCAGCGUGAACAAUUUUUGAAAGGCCAGCUUAUGCCUCUUAACAUGCGCUUGGACGUUCUCGAGUCAUUUUUUGAGCCUGGAUCUGUCCCUGGUACAGAUCCCGAUAAGUCAAAGCAACGGGGUGCUGAUGAUGUCUGGAAGUUUCCUGCAGGCACUUUGACGAUAAUCGAUUUGAGCUGCCCAUUCGUUGGCCAAGAAGAUGCAUGCGCUCUUUUCAACAUUGCAGUUUCCUUGUUCUUGAAGAACCGCGAUGAUGUGGGUCGCAUCAUUGCUCUUGAUGAAGCCCAUAAGUUUAUGACUUCAACUUCACCAGAAGCCGUGGAUCUGACGGAGACACUGCUAUCUGUCGUCCGCCAGCAGCGACAUCUGGCCGCGCGAGUGUUGAUAGCAACACAGGAGCCAACUCUUGCACCCGCACUGCUUGAGCUUUGCAACGUGACGAUUAUCCAUCGCUUCUCUUCGCCAGCUUGGUUCAAGGCUAUCAAGUCACACAUCGCCGGAGCUGGGAUUGAGGGGCUUGGUCCGAACACCACGGCCUCGUCGACCAUCUUUCACAAAAUCGUUCGUCUGCCGACUGGGGAGGCUUUGGUGUUUUGUCCAACAGCGGUGUUGGACAUCGCAAACCACAACGUCCAGCAGGAUGAGGAGCUGUUAAGUGUUACCUCUUCCAGUCGGCCAGAUACUCCUGAUGGCCCGUCCUCUGCAGACAGUGCUCAGAUUCCGGCAGGCGGCUCUGACUCUCAAGAUGAGCCUACUUCGCAUCGCGUCAUUCAGCUCGGAACAGCGUAUGCCCACAUUCGAGUGCGGAACAGGAUCACCAUUGACGGUGGUCGCAGUGUGCUUGAGCGCUAA